UAUACAAUAAUUAUAUAAAACAAAAUGCUUGGUAGAUCUGCUUCUAAACUCUUUCAACACCGCCGCCAUAUUCUCGCUUUAGGCGCUGUUGCAACAGGUGGUGCCACCUUAUUCAUGACUUCUGAUAAGCAAGUCCAUGCUGAGUCUAAUAAGCUCAAGUUCUGGCAAAGUUUACCUGGUGAGAAUACACCUGAAAACCCUGGUUUUGCUAAAUUACGUGGUGUUGCUGCUGAACAAAGAUUCAGAACUUCAUUGGCUCAAAACAAUGGCAAGACGGAUUUUGAUGUAGUAAUCGUGGGAGGUGGUAUUAUUGGUUUGGCUACUGCAAGAGAAUUAUUGAAACGAUUUCCUGAUAUGACGGUAGCUGUACUCGAGAAAGAACGUGAGGUAGCUGCACAUCAAACUGGUCACAAUAGUGGUGUCAUUCAUGCUGGUAUCUACUAUAAGCCUGGUUCUCGUAUGGCAAAGACAUGCGUACGUGGUGCUGAUUUGAUGUACGACUACUGCAAACAAAAUCAAUUGCCUGUUGAGCGUUGCGGUAAACUGAUUGUAGCCGUAGAUGAUAAGGAACAUAAGCAGGUCGAGAGACUCAUGGAAAUUGCUUCCUUAAACGGUGUAAAAGAUCUUCAAAUUCUUAACAGUGAGGAGAUCAAAAAAUUGGAGCCUAACGUAGUUGCUUAUUCUGCUUUAUAUUCCCCUAACACUGGUAUUACUGACUUUGGUCUUGUAGCUCAAUGUAUUGCAAACGAGAUUAUGCAAACAGGUCGUGCUGAAAUCAAAUUAGCGUUUGAAGCCCAAAAGUUCGAAUCUAGAUCAGAUGGAAGAGUUGAGAUCUGGGGUGGUGAGCCUAAUCAAAGAGGUCCUACUUUAAAGGUGACCGCCAAGAAUGUAAUCACCUGUGCUGGUUUCUAUUCUGAUCGUGUUGCCGGCCUUGCAGGUGGUGAUUCUGGCCGUGCUAAAGUAGUUACAUUUAGAGGUACUUAUUAUCAACUUAAGCCCGAGUACCGCGGUAUUUGUCGUAUGAAUGUCUAUCCCGUUCCAAGUGGUGGCGGUAUUCCCGUUGGUGUUCAUUUCACUCCUACUGUCAAUACUCGUCGUGGUAUUCAAAUGAUUGUUGGCCCUGGAGCUUGUUUAACUUUCUCUCGUGAAGGCUACACUUUUACAGAUUUCAAAAUGGAUGAUAUCCUUGGUUCGUUAACAAACUUGAACCUUUGGUUAUUUGCCCUCAAAAACCCUUCUUUAUCUAUUGGUGAAUUAUACAAGGACAUGAACAAAAGAGCAUUCUUACGUGCUGCCCAAGCCUAUGUUCCUGGUUUGACCGAAGAUAUGGUCGAGGAAAGUUUUGCUGGUGUUAUGUCUCAAGUCUUUGAAAAGGGUGGUAUUGCUGCAAAUGACUAUAUCCUUGAACGCAAGGUCAUGGAUGGUAAAAUCCUGUGUGUUCGUAAUGCACCUACUCCUGCAUGCACUGCGUCUUUAGCAAUUGCAGAAAUGUUGAUUGAUACUGCUACAGAAGACUUUGAAUGGCAAGAGUCUGAGAAAUCAAUUGCUGUACCUAAAUCUCAACUUUCUGCUAUUGCUGCUUAAAAAAUUCCCCUUCUAUCCUUUCUAUUUCACAUAUCUUGCAUUAUUAUUAUUAUUAUCAAGUAAAAUUAUAUUACGACUUUUUUUCUUUUUUUUUUUUUUUUUUUUUUUUUU